UCGCCGGCCUGCUCCACGACUCGAUACGAGCCACCGAGGCGAAGAGGACCAGCACGCAUACCGUGGACGCCGCCAUUAUCAUCCCGUCGGUUGCGAACCGGGCCGGAGACGCGCACUGAGCUAAAAACACCAAGCGGGCUGAAAACACCACAAACAACAGCGCGAGGAGCAGGAGCAGGAGGGCGGGCUGCGCAUGCGCGGGACCCGCGGCUCAUCAUGGCGGUGCUGCUGGAAACCACGCUGGGCGACAUGGUCAUCGACCUGUUUACAGAAGAAAGGCCGAAAACUUGCCUCAACUUCCUGAAGCUAUGCAAGAUAAAAUACUACAACUACUGCCUCGUUCACAACGUCCAGAGAGACUUCAUCGUGCAGACCGGAGACCCCGGGACGGGCCGAGGCGGAGAGUCCGUCUACAGCAAGCUGUACGGGGACCAGGGCUACUUCGACGCCGAGAAGGCGCCGCGCAUCAAACACAAGAAGAGGGGGACGGUGUCCAUGGUGAACAACGGGAACAACCAGCACGGCUCCCAGUUCCUCAUCACGACCGGGGAGAGCCUGGACUACCUGGACGGCGUUCACACUGUGUUCGGAGAGGUGACGGAAGGCCUGGACGUCCUCAGUAAGAUCAACGAGGCCUUUGUUGACAAGGAUUUCGUCCCGUUUCAGGAUAUCAGGAUAAACCACACUGUGAUCCUCGAAGACCCGUUCGACGACCCCGCCGACCUGCCGGUGCCCGACCGCUCGCCUGAGCCCACCAAGGAGCAGCUGGAUAGUGGCCGGAUCGGAGCCGAUGAGGCGAUCGACGGCGACGACGGGAAGGGAGCCGAGGAGCUGGAGGAGCGGCUGAAGGAGAAGGAGGCCAAGACCAACGCCAUCCUGCUGGAGAUGGUGGGCGACCUGCCCGACGCAGACAUGAAGCCUCCAGAAAACGUGCUGUUCGUCUGCAAGCUGAACCCGGUGACCACCGACGAGGACCUGGAGAUCAUCUUCUCUCGCUUCGGAUCCAUCAAAAGCUGUGAGAUCAUCAGAGACUGGAAGAGCGGCGACUCUCUGUGCUACGCCUUCAUCGAGUUUGAAAAGCAGGAAGACUGCGAGAAGGCCUACUUCAAGAUGGACAACGUGCUGAUAGACGACCGCCGCAUCCACGUGGACUUCAGCCAGUCGGUGGCCAAGAUCCGGUGGAAGGGAAAAGGUGGGAAGUACACUAAAGACGACUUCAAAGCCUACGAGAAGGACGUGGAGGCGCGCUCCAAGCUGAGCCUCAAGGAGCAGAUGAAGCCCCAGAAGGACUCCCGUUACGACCUGCUGAUGGACGAGGAGGAGGAGCCGAGCCGGCGCCACUCGGAGAAGAAGCACAAAGAGAAGAAACACCGUCAGUCCGACGACGAGGACGGCAGGAAGGCCAGGACACAAGGACAGGAAGCCUGCUCGCCAGCGGUCCAGGUCCGGUCUCGAUCCCGGUCCCGGUCCCGGUCCAGAGACGGGGAGCACAGGCACAGCAAGUCCCAGGCGAAGCACUGGAAGGAGGGCCGGGACCGGGGCCACAGGGACCGGAGCCGCUCCCCUAAGAAGUCCAAGGACAAAGAGAGGAGUCGGUACAGAUGAGGGAGGAGGAAUCGGACUCGCCACUGCUCCACCACGCAUUCCUUUAACGUCACCUCAGGCUCAAGGGAAUGAUUUUUAUACGUACAAUAAAGAGUUACCCGUCGCCUGUGUGUCUCCUCUUAUUGGAUCCAGGCGGUCAGCUGGACAUGGACGAUUAAAGAAACACAAACCCUGGGUGUCAUUUCUCCGACACACUCACACACCCAAUUUCGCUGACAGAGAAAAAAAAUCAGCCGUCACAUCAUUGCUUUUCCUCCUUCCUCAUUUGCUCGCAUAAAAUAAACAGGAAAGAACAGAUGUUGUUUUAAGGAACUAAAAAACUGUAUAUGAAAACGAGCGUUUCUCCUUUCUGCCAUCAAAGACACUGAUUGAAACGAAGGAACAGUUUUUUUUCCUGUUUUGGCGUUUGAGCCUGUGAAGCUUCUGUUUGUCCAGUGAAAUCAUUUGAAAGCAGUUUGAUGAUCUUCAACGUAGCAGCAAAAAAAAAACAUUUUUCAUCCUUCAGGAAGAUGUCUGAGGCGUCUGCAGCCGUAGUGGAGGCUG